AUGAACCCUCACAUCUCCUUGCCCCGCCAACAUGCCGGCUCUGCCAACUUCGGCUCCACGCCUGCAACCCGCGGGUCGAGUGUACGGAUGCCGCGCUUCUUUAAGAGACUCUUCAAGUUCCCUCAAAUGGACUUUGAGAUGGCCAUUUGGGAGAUGACAUCUUUGUUGAUUGCGCCCAAGAAGGUCUUCAAAUCGAUAUACUACCAUAAACGUGAGUUCUACUUCAAAACCAAAAACACAUGGCAUCGCCCUGACCCGUCAUUCACCUACCUCCUAUCAUUCUUCCUUCUCCUCACAGCCUUUGCCUGGGGUCUCGCCUACACACCCUCCUUCGGCGCAAUUGUACGCCUAACGAUCUUCUUCGUGUUCGUGCACUUCAUCGGCUCGUCGCUCUUCAUCUCAACAGUUGGAUACUUCGUGAUUGGAAAGCUAUUUGGUCCCAAUGGCGCGGCGGCCUCUCUAGCUGGCUUGCGGGGUUCCCGUGGCCGAAGACGGGGAGCCGCACAGGGUCUCUUCAUGCAGCCAGGAGAGAAGGACCAAUUGGAGUUUGGAUAUUGUUUUGAUGUGUCCAACCGUGCCUUCUUUCCCCUCUACCUUCACCUAUAUGUGGUGCAAUUCCUCCUCUUGCCCCUGCUCACCCGCAGCCCGAGCAAUUUCCUGGCUACUUUCCUUGGCAACUCGCUCUACCUCUCCGCCCUCAUUUACUACACUUACAUCACCUUCUUGGGGUACAAUGCUCUUCCCUUUUUGCACAACACCGAGCUACUCCUCUUGCCUAUCCUUAUCUUCGCUAUCAUGUGGCUGGUCAGCUUGGUUGCCGGUUGGGGCAUCGUUAUGCAAGGCCGCAGCGUUGAGGGGUUGUUCUGGGGCGUGUGA